CGCACGACGAAAGAUUAAUUUAAUUCAAUCCUCCAUAAGUGUAUUUUUCUUUUUAAAAUACAAUAUUUCAAUUUUUUUAUGAUAUAUUCAACAGUAUUUAAAUUUUUUGAGGUAGGACCAACCGUUAAUUCUCUUUCAAAAUUCAAAAAAAAACGGCUACGAUAUUGGGAGUGAUGGAGGUUUAACUGACAACAACGAAGAUAAAAACGAUGAAAGCUAUGCGCUAUAGGCUCUCCCUCCCUCCCUCCGUCUCUCUACCAUAAGCUCCCAGUAUUUCUCCUUUCCACCCGUCUUUUCCUGAGUCAUUGUGCUGCACAGCACCGCCGGUCUCCCGAGGGGGGUUUUAACGGUUUUGUGGCGCCUGUCAGGUCGCGGGAAAAAGAAACGACCGUUAAGAUGACUGAAGUGGCCGCGAGCCGCCCCGACAUGACAGCGCUGGCCCCCCCUCCUGCGCCGCUGCACACCAGUAGGAAUGCGUCACCUGCCCGAUCGCCAUCCAAUCACAACAGCCCUCCAGGCUCCCGGCGGCACUUAGCAAAAGAGCGACGGGAGGACAGAGAGAAGACACAAGAGCUGUCGGACGUGCUGCGGGAUAAGCAGCUUCGGGCGCAGCAGCAGCUGGAGCGCUCCGCUAAGGAGCGAGGGAGGAAGAUGGAGGAGCAGAGGAGGAAGGAGCAGCAGCGCAGGGCGGCGGCCGAAGAGAAGAGGCGGCAGAAGCAAGAGGCAGAAAAGGAGAGGCUGGAGGCCCUGGUUCGCCGGAGAGGUGGGGGCGCAGAGACAAGAGGAGGAGGUGGAGGAGGAGGAGGCGGAGGAGGAGGAGGAGGAGGAGGAGGAGGUGGAGGGGAUCACCUGGAUAACAGACCCAAACGAUGGACAUGGGGAGGACCGCCUGACGGAGCGGAGGGUAACCCUAAGACCCCGCCCUGCCAUGCCAUUGGCUCCGCUCAGCCCAAUGAGCCCCCCGCUGCUUCCAGUGCCGGCCAAUCCCGUAACGUUGUUGAUUUCCUGUCUCCACCCGCCAUGGACCCGCCAAUCAACAAGCAGCUCUCCAACUCUUCAGCCGCCCUCCACUCACCAGAGAGAGUGUCUUUUGUGUCCCAUCGAACAGCUUCCCCCAGCAACCACAGACCAUACAGAAGUUCCUCCAACCGCAGGAGCAUCGCUGGGUUCCCCGAGGAGGCGUCCAGAGCCAAAACACCCACGGGGGAGACUCCAAACACACCGGUUCGCAGCUCUUCCUUCAGGGCCAACAGCAAAGGCCCGGCCACACCAAAAAGGGUGAAGUCGACCAGGAGUCGUGCCCAGUCUCCCUGCUCUCCGGGACAGUACCCGCCCUCCCCGCUCAGGCAGAGAGCCACCACCCCCGGCACCGACGACAGGGGUCACUCUGAGGUCAAAGGUCACGGCACCCUGGAGAGGAAAUCGACCAAAUCUGAAGCUUCAGAGAAGAAGAUCCCCAAAUCCACCAGCAGAGAACUGACCGCAGAGUCUCCAGGCACGCCCACGGGCAGGAGCGUCGGCGGGACGACGGACGCCGAGGAAGCGUCCAGGCUGCUGGCAGAGAGACGACGUCUGGCCCGAAUACAGAAGGAGCAGGAGGAGAGACAACGGCAGGAGGAGGAGAGGCUGCGGGCGGAGGAGGAGCAGCGGAGGCAGCAGGAGGCGAGGGAGCGACAGGAGAAAGCUGCACAGCUGGCCGAGGAGGAGAGAGUGAGGAGGGAGGAGGAGAGGAGGAGCAAGGAGGAGGAGGAGAGACGACAGAAGGAGCAGAGAUGGAAGGACAUGCACGAUCAGCUGGACAGAGAGAGGGAGGAGGCGUUCCUGCGAGCCCAGAAAGAGGCUGAGAGGAAGAGACAGGAGAGAGAGCUGCUGCACAUCCAGGAGGAGCAGGAGCGACUGCAGAGGAAGAAGAGAAUCGAGGAGAUUAUGAAAAGAACAAGGAAAAGUGAAGUGGAGCCUCCAUCUGGUGCCUCAGCGUCUGACCUGAGAGCCGAAGCUCCGGUCGCUCUGGAGGAGGACACCUCGACUCCGGCUGAAGCCCCCGUCAUCAUGCUGGGACCCCUGGAGAAUAAGAGCUGUGUGGACGAGCUGUCUGACGGAGUCCAGUCCAUGGACGUCAGCUCUCCAUCUGUCUCCAUCAGUCCUGUGUCCAGGGAGGAGCAGGCGAGCGCUCAGGAGUUUUCACCCGUCACCGAGGUAACGGACGGCUGCCCUCUGGAGCACCUGAUGGACCUCGACGCCCAGGGGCAAGGACAGCGACAGGGUGCAGAAACGCCCCCUUACCCAAAGUUGCAGGCCGGCAGCGGGGUCGGCGACCUCAACAAGAACCUGCUGAUUCAGGCGUACAGCGCCGCCUCUGAAUCCUCCCAGCUCAUCCACAGCGUCGGCCCGAGCAAGCUGGACGUCCAGUAGCCAGGGCUUUUUCAGGAGCUGGUUCAGUAGAAACAGGAGCCAGGACAAACAGACCACGAGACCAUCACCAUCAACAACAACAACAACAACAACAACAACAACAACAACAACAACAACAACAACAACAACAACAACAACAAUCAUCUCCACAAGGAACAACAGCUGAACACCUGAUUUCUCAUCUGUAUUACCAAACCACACACACACACACACACACACACACACACACUCACACACACACACACACACACACACACACACACACACACACACACACCUGUCACGCUUCUGGCAACAUUUACAGGCAGCAGUGCAAAUGGGCAAUUUUGACUCUUAGAAACAGAGUUUGAUAAAAUCCUGCAAAUAAUGUGAAACAUAUUUAAGACAUGAUUGUCAUAAGAGGAAUUCUUGGAGUCUUGCAUGUUUGUCCUUUGAACAGAAGAAGUUUAGGAGGUAAAAUGACUGUAAACUUAAGUUCAUGGUCAGGUUUAUUUAAAUAAAACUUGUAGGUAUGAGGUGGGGUAGUUCGAGGUCAGUGUCAGCUAAUAUCUGUACACAUUAACCUGCUUUUCAUUUACAGAUUACACGUGGUUUUGCAUUUAAGACAUCUCACAAAAGCUGCUGACGUUGGCCUUGAUCUCAGUCCUCUGAAGGUGUAGAGACGUGCAGUACGUCUCCUCGACACCUGUUCCUCUCCGAGCCAACAUUGCCCAGCUGCACUGCCGCCAAAUAUCACUCGAGUAUCAUCCGCUUUAAUCUCUCACCCCUGCUUUUGUAAAACUCUGUAAAUAGAUGUGACUGGGUGGAGGAGUCUGUCGUGGGAGGGACGGGCAGCGGCUCUGUAGCAGUUUAUCUGGAGGGACGCCGUAAAACAGACGCUGUUGUGUGAAUCCUGUGUAGCAUCUUCAGUGAGGACUAGCUAGUCGAGCUGUUUUAUGGUUGUAGCUUUGUACUUGAACAGUGUGGGAGUUUCUCUCUUUCUCGUCAGUGUUUCUGAUGGUUACUGUGUGUUUAUCCCACCGCUCGCCUGCUCUUCUGCUGACAGCGACUCCUGCUUCUAUAAAACCCGGUCUGCUGUAGAUUUCCUGUCAUCCUGAUGCUGGAGAAAACUAUCACAUAUAACCCCACUGUCGCUCCCUAACACGUAGAGCCUAUAGCUUCGGUUUCUCUGCCGCUCGUCACUUAACUGAUGGACGUUUUGUGGACUAGCAACGAUCCACAGCAACGAUAUGAAGAAAAGUUGGAGGGAAAAGGGUAAAAAACAAAACAAAAUGUCCUGUAUUUUUAUCUGCAGGUCAGGAAAAUAUUGACACAGUGUGUUGUGUAUUUGUCUGGCACUGACUGUAACCAUGCAAGCUGCAGUUUAUAGUACUUAACAGUAGUUGUGUGUUUCACUGCUCUGAAGACGCUUACAUCUCCACCUCAGCUCAUUCCCCCAACUGAAAUAUACCUCACCGAUUCAGAACAGACUCUGGUGUUAAACAGCGUUCACCACCUCGCAGCUCAUCACCUCUGAGGCCUUAAACCUCCGUGCAGUUAGCAUCUUCCCUCUGUGCGUCACCCUGGGGCUGUUUCAUCCAGCAUGUGCACCUCUCGCUGUUUAAAGGCCGUUCUCCACUAAGAGGACCGGGAACUAGAGAAACGAUUCUGUGAAAGGAAGGUUGGAUCAACAUUUGAACAAAACAUGCAAAUCCCCCUCCGACCCUCAGGGGCCCCAAACGCCCCACAUUCACUGUGUGGAUGAUCAGGACCAUAACCAGGAUUUUAAAAAUGCUGAUGUCAUAGUCUACAUCUCCCCGGCAGAACCCCACCCACCUAUGAAAAUUUAAACCAACCGUUUAGCAUCAAAUCCUGUUGUAUUUAUUCAACUGUUGCAUUAUGGUCUGGCGCCAGUUGUUCAUUCUGGUGGAGAACACUAGAUUCUUUUUCAACAGCCUCCAACUGAACUCUCUACAAACUUAAGAAGUAUUUAAGAAAAAACACAUUUUAUUCAUUCUGCAGUGCCACUUUUGUACAUUUGAUUUCACUAUAUUUUGGUCAGGUGCCAGGUUUGCUUCUCUGGGGUAAAAUACUUACCAAUUAGUUUUUUUAAUUUCAUCUGUUGAGGUUUUUUUUUGGGCCUAAAAACAGUCAAAAUAUAUUAGAAUCAGCCUUAAAAAUGCGACCUGUGUAGUAUGUGUGUAACUGUAGAAUGUAAAUCCUUCAAAAUGUCCAGAAAUCAUACUUGACCUCUGUGUCCUCAACAGCAACAGCUUUAAUUUAGUUCACGUUGUGGUCAUCUGGUUCAUAUUCCCAUGUAAAACAGCAAAGACAGAUGGUGAUGGUGAAAGUUUGGUCUUUUUUUUUUUAGGGGGCAAACAAACCUAAAUUAGAUCCGGGUUCAAAUAGAGUUCUUGAAAAACUUUCCUGUUGUGGAAAAGUUUCACACUGAAGGAAAAAAGUGUUUCCCCCGUCACUGCUGCAGCCUUCGGCUCGUUGUUUUACGUUUUCCCGCUCCUGUCGGCUUCCCUCUCUCCAUGUUAGCUCAUCAUUCCUCCAGAUUCUGCUGAAACUCAUUGUAAGAGGGUCUCCUGGGUCCCCUUGUAUAUGACAUAAAAAUAAAGGACAUAAUGUUUAUCCUAAUAUUACUUAAACUCUGUGACACUGCAGCUUGGUGGAAUAUAUCAUUGUAGAUGUGGUGCAUGGAUAACUGCUGAAAAAGAACAAUAAACUUCAUCAAGCCAUUUGUGUCCGUGAGCUGGAUAAAUAAACAAAUGUAUAAUAACGGGAAACAGACGCCGGUGACAGAUUGAAGUGAAAUAAUAAAGAUUCAGUCUGUAUGAGAUGUUUAGUCUUUGACAUUCAUAAUAAGUGACGUAUGAAAUGACAAAUCUAGUGUAGGGCUUGAUGAAGCCACUUAUUUCUCAUUAUAUCUCACUGUGUAUUGACUUUAUGCUGCACUGAAAUUAAAACUGAUCUGCAAAAAUUGAA